AUGAAAACUCGCAAGGUUAUUUUGUUUUUCUUUGGUUACUGGAGGACACUGACGCGCACCAAAACAUCACAUCUUGUUAGCGCCACACAAAUAAUAUGGCACCGAAAAGAUACUUGCAAGACGAUUUUGAAGGAACUUGAAAUCAAGCAUGCCCCAAAUGCUAAGAAGAAGGAAUUGGUCGCUAUAUUUAACGACCAAGUCACCCCAAAACUAUCACAAUUGCGUGAAAAACAUGAUCAACAAACUAGUGACGAGUCCCAGAGCGUUGAUACCUCAACAGGUGGACAGCGAGUUGUCAAAACCAAAAAGCUUAAGCGGAGAGCUGAGGCUGAUGCCCUUGAUAAGCGAGUGGCAAAAUUAUCUAAACAUGACACCAGCAUCUCAGCCGAUAAUUCCCCCAAUAAUCAAAGAGUUCUGAAUGCGUCUUUGAAUUUUGAUGAUCUGAGUGAUGAUGAGUUCAUCGAAUCUUUGACACAAAUUGUUAAACCCGUGACAACUCCUUCGCUGGUCAAAAAAGAAAACUCAUUCUUUACAAAUAAAACAGUGAAAGGAACUCCGGCACAAUCACCGCUCGCAAACGCGGCUAAGGAAUUCAUUACAGCGCCGAAGAAACUGACACCAUUGAAACUGACACCAUCGAAACUGACACCAUCGAAACUGACACUGACACCAUCGAAACUGACACCAUCGAAACUGACACCAUCGAAACUGAUCGAGGAAGAAGCUUCUGAAUUUGACAAAGCGCGAAACGAAAUAGUUUCAUCACUGUUGCCCACACGUGCUUCUAAUGCGUCAUCGCCUGGCCCUACUCACCAAACUCCUCCAGGUAAAACCAAAGAUCCCGUGAAACCCCAUAGCUCAAAUCCCUAUUUGAUGGAAACACCGAAUGUGCGACUGCCGACGAUACCAUCUGUAGGCAACGCAAAUGCAUUGAACGAAAGAUCAUUGAAAUUUACACGCAGACCUAUAGUCAAGGGACAUAGCGCAACUGUAAUCUCUGACGACAACGACGAAAACGAAGCCGAAGUUGAAGACAGGUUGGGAAAUGAAAACUACAUUAAAGCACUCGAGGCCGAAAAUGAAGUGGAGUUCGAGAGCGAUGACUCGAGGAAGUAUGCUGAUUCACGAGGAAGCUCAAAAAUCGAAGAACCUAUGUCGAAACUCGGGUCUACCACAUUGAAGCAUGACAGAUCCAUCUUGCAUCCUACACCAGUGAAUACUUCAAAAAAGGUCGCCACUGUCAAGAAGACACCAUCUCGGAAUCUUGUGCAAGAUAUUGUUGAUCUGAGCGAUGAGGAUUACGAAACGGAUAACGACGACGCUGAUACGAAUCCUUUGAAGAGAGGAAUUCCCAGACUUCUUUCAAUCUUUGUUUGGACCCUUUUCAUCAUGGCAUGGGCUUUUGGAGUCUGGUAUCGGCAACAAAUUUUCGUGGUUGGUUAUUGUGACCAUGCAGUAUCUCACACUACAUUUGGGAGCAGCUCCAAUUCUGUGUUGCGCAAUCUUGGGAAAUGGCUAGACAACAACGCGCGCCCCCAGUGUGUCCCCUGCCCUCAACAUGCGCGAUGCUUUCCCAAUUUGGAACUAGGCUGUUUUGAAGAGUUUACAGAAUAUGUCCCGUGGAACAAUUGGCUAUUCCCUACCAAUAAAAGAUGUGUCUCUGACACGAAAAGAGCCGAAAAAAUCGUGCUCAUGAUUGAGAACGCUAAAGAUCUUUUGCGUGAAAAAAAUGCUAGGCGGCAAUGUGGGAAAUGUACUGAUGACAUUGAGGCGGGGAUCACACUUUCGGAUCUCCAUGACUUCCUUCUAGAGAUGAAAGCUCCAUAUAUUCUGUUGGAGGAGUUUGAAGAGCUUUGGAAUUCCUCAAUUAUUCAACUAGAAAAGGAGAAAGAAAUCAUUGUAAGGCAAGUAUGUUGGACUGAGGCAAAGAAGUACUCCAAUUUUCAAUCAAAUUUUACUAACCUUGAACAGACAAGAAUUGCAAAUCAUUCUUCCAGAAAACUUAAAAUAUCUCGAUCCGCUGACGAAGGCAAGGACGAUAACCGCACGGAAAAAGUUUUUCGAUCGACGUCCUUACGAAACCUCUCUCUUGGAUGCCAGUUACGAAACAGUGUUGUUGGACUGAUAGCACGCCACAAGGUAGAGGUCUUAUUUUUGGUUACGAUUGUAAUACUCGUGAAGUUGAUCAAUUGGAAGUUGGUAAAAUUCAGAGAAGAGAAAACAAAGUUGGAUAUCAUAUAUAAAGAUGUACUCAAGCGUCUUUAUGGUAACGCCAAACGUGCCAAAACCGACCCCGAUGUCAUUCCCUAUAUUGGACUGGUGCAAUUGAGGGAUAUUAUUUUGGCUAAUGAACAAAAUCUCAAGCGGCGAGUUCAAUUAUGGAAUAAGGUGAUCACAAAAGUUGAGGCGAAUACGAACAUAAAUUCGAAAGUAAUCGAGGAUCAUGGUGAAAUCUUUAAGGUGUGGCAGUGGGUAAGUGACGUUGAUCACAUUGAUCAUCAGUGGGUGUCGCCAAAGGGAAUCAAUUGA